AUGGAUCUUUUCAUAGUUCUGGUGAUUUGUCUUUCUUGUUUGAUUCCUCUUUCCCUCUGGAAUCGAAACCGUGCCAAAGAGAAGCUACCGCCUGGCCCUACUCCUCUGCCAAUCAUCGGAAAUAUUCUGCAGAUAAAUGUUAAUAAUGUCAGCAAAUCCAUAAGCAAGCUCGCAGAGACUUACGGCCCUGUGUUCACCGUGUACUUUGGCACCGAGCGCGCUGUGGUGAUCUACGGGUAUGAAGCAGUGAAGGAAGCUCUAAUUGAUCAGAGUGAGGUGUUUUCUGGCAGAGCCCCUUUCCCAGUGCUGGACAGAGUCAUCCAAGGACUAGGAAUUGUUUUCAGCAACGGAGAACGAUGGAAGCAAGUCCGGCGUUUCUCCCUCAUGGUUUUGCGGAAUCUGGGGAUGGGGAAGAAGACUAUAGAAGACAGAAUUCAAGAGGAAGCUUUGUGUCUAGUGGAAGCAUUAAAAAAAACCAAUGCAACUCCCUUUGAUCCUACUUUCCUUCUGGGCUGUGCUCCCUGCAAUGUGAUCUGCUCCAUUAUUUUCCAAAAUCGUUUUGAGUAUGAUGAUAAGAAACUGUCACUCUUGAUAAAUUAUUUUCAUGAAAACCUCCUAAUUUCAAGCAACGCCUGGAUACAGCUCUGCAAUGCUUUCCCUCUUUUACUACACUUUCCAGGAAGUCACAAUAGGUUACUUAAAAACAUUGCUUACCAACAUAAAUUUAUUGUGGAAAAAGUAAAAGAACACCAAGAUUCCCUGGACUUCAAUAACCCUCAAGACUUUAUUGACUACUUCCUGAUCAAAAUAGAAAAGGAAAAACACAAUAAACAGUCUGAAUUUACCAUGGAAAACUUGAUCGCUACUGUCUGGGAUGUGAUGAGUGCAGGAACAGAGACAACGAGCACCACCCUGAGAUACGGGUUCCUGCUUCUGCUGAAGCACCCAGAGGUCACAGCUAAAGUCCAGGAAGAGAUUGACCGUGUGAUUGGCAGACACCGGAGCCCUUGCAUGCAGGACAGGAGCCACAUGCCCUACACAGAUGCUGUGAUACAUGAGAUCCAGAGAUUCAUUGACCUUGUCCCCAACAAUUUGCACCAUACAGUGACUCAGGACACUAAGUUCAGAGGAUACCUUAUUCCCAAGGGUACUACUAUAGUAACAUCUCUGACUUCUGUCCUGCAUGAUGACAAAGAGUUUCCCAACCCAGAUCAGUUUGAUCCUGGCCACUUCCUGGAUGAAAGUGGCAACUUUAAGAAGAGUGACUACUUUCUGGCUUUCUCAGCAGGAAAGAGAGCUUGUGCUGGAGAAGGCCUGGCCCGCAUGGAGCUGUUUUUACUACUGACCAACAUUUUACAGCAUUUUACAUUGAAAUCUCUGGUUGAUCCAAAGGACAUUGACACUGCCCCGAUUGUCAACGGGCUGGCGGCCCCGCCACCUGUAUAUGAGGUGUGUUUCAUUCCAGUCUGAAGAAAGGGCGGGGCAGGCUGCCAUAUUGCCAGGUGACACUCUCUGGCUUCAUCGGAACAGCCACAUGCUUUCUGUCCCGUGUGUUAGCCAUUGUUCACCUCAGGAACGACAUUCCUGACCCUGUCUCUUCUAAUUUUCCUCAUCCUUUAAGAUUCAGUUCAGAUUUCCGCACAUGGAACAAAAACUCACUGUUAGUUUCCAAUUCUUUUUGUAAUACAAUCCUGAGAUCUUAGGCCGUUAUCUCAUCUGCAGUGUAUACCAAAUGUAAGAGACCUUAUUAAUGUCAUAUUUUCUUUCUUAAAAAGUAUCCUAUGAGUUUAAAAUGUUUUUCAAAUACAUAAAAUGUACUCACCUCUUACUCCAAUUAGUUCUCCAGAAGAAUAAUCUCGAUAGUUUGGCAUGAACAAUUUCUGUUUUUUUUCCUAGUGGUUAUUAAAACAAAAUUUUUGUGGUGGGGUGCCUGGGUGGCUUAGUUGAGUAA